AUGCCAUCAACGAAAAGAUUAUCAAUUUUGCCAAAAAGGUAAAUUCAUUUAAUAGUUUAUCAAAAUAUAUUUGUUUGCUUUUUCAGAGAAAUCUCGAAUAAUAGACGUUCUUCAGUAUUACAAACUCCAAAAUCAACCAAAAAAGUUGAGGAAGAAAAUAAACCAACAACUUCAAAAAGGAAACAUUUAUCGAAAGAAGGUUAGUUUAUUGAAAAAUAUAUUUGAAUAAUUUAAAAAUUAUAGAUGAUGAAGAAGAUGGUGUAAAAACUAGAAGAUUACAAAAAACGUGAGUUCAGUUCUCGCUGACUAAAAAAUCAUUUCAUUUUCAGAAAAAUUGAAAGUGGUCCAAAAUGCACUUUUUGUAAAUCAACCGAAAAUCAAGAUCAACUGAAAGCAUGUUCCGGUUGCUUGGCGAAUUGUAAGUCGUUUUAAUUAUGGUUUUUGAAAAAUAAACUUUGUUUCAAGAUCAUAUUACAAGUUGCCUAAAGUAUCAAGCUGAAUUUGCUGAAAAUAUUCAAAGUUCGAAAACAUGGUUUUGUCCGAGAGUGAGUUAUUUCAGAAUAAGUUUUAAAAAAUUAGAUAAAUUCAUAUUUUCAGUGUAUUCGAUGUGCAAAAUGUGAAGAGUUUAUUUCUGAUCCUUCAAAUAUUGAAUGCUAUUCUUGUUGUAAAGCUUGGCAUGGCGAUUGUGCACCAAAUGGAAGAAAAAAUAGCGAAUUAUAUGAUGGAUUAUGGAUGUGUACGAAUUGCUGUAGGAAAAAUAAAAUACUUUUAUCUCCUACAAAUACAAAAACAACAAUUCAAAGCUCGCCGAAAAAAUCAAAAAAGUCUCCGAAGAAAAAUGAUUCUGAAAUAAAACUCAAAAUAUCGCAAGAAGAAAUUGAACAAAUAAUGAAAGAAAGAAAUUUGAAAUGGGAUCAAUUGGCUUGUUUAGCAGGACUUAUUUCACCAACAAAAUCAAUUGCUAAUUUAGCUCGAACAAGUCCAAAAAAACAGGCUUCGAAAAAGAAAAGUGUUCAGAAAAGACUAAGAUUUAACAAUGAUGAACCAACAACUUCAGAUGAUUAUUGUGAAGAAGAAAUAGAAGAUAAUUUUGGAAUUGUUACCGAAUUCGAUGCAACUUUGUGAGUUUAUAUUGAUAAUUAAGGUCCCCAAAAACACUCACUUCGGUUGAGAGUAUAGUCAGCAGACAUUUUUUUGUUAUUGAAAUUUAUAGAAAUGGAAAUUUUGUCACCGGCGUGAAAAUAUUGAUAAAUAGGUCACGUUUCAAUAUGUUCUUUCCAAAUUUAAUUUCUAAAUUCUGAAAACAAUUUAUUUUUUCCUGAGGCGCCAUUUUUUCAGAUAUAAUCAAUCUUUGAAAACAUCGUCUAAAGCUUCAUCCUCAACAUCUACUGGUUUACCUCCAGGAAAAUGGAUUUAUAUGGGAACUGGAAAAAUAUCAAAAGUUAUCGGAUCAUCUGCAUAUCCCGAACCAAUCAAAGAUUCUCCAUUGAUUUUCAUUUGCAAAUUCUGUUUUCACUGCACAAAUAUUCCAACUGAUUAUCGUAUUCAUUGGGUAUGUUUGGAAUUGAGAAAAGCAAUUUACAUAGUUAUUUUAUUGCAGAAUAAUUGCUCAUUUCGUUAUCCACCUGGAAAUGAAAUAUAUCGAAAAGAUAAUCUGUCAUUUUUCGAAGUAAUCGGAGCAGAACAAAAAACAUAUUGUAGAAAUCUUUGUCGUCUCGCAAAGUUAUUUAUUUCUUCGAAAACUCUUCAUCAUGAAGUUGAAACUUUUAUGUUUUAUAUUCUUUGUGAAAUAACAACAGAAGGUUUUGUGAUGGUUGGUUAUUUUUCGAAGGAAAGAAAUCCAUCGAAAAACAACAAUUUGUCGUGUUUAUUGACAUUGCCAACUGCACAAAGAAUGGGAUACGGUAGAAUGUUGAUUGAUAUGAGUUAUGCUUUAUCAAGAAAAGAAUUGAAGAUUGGUUCACCUGAACAUCCACUUUCUGAUUUGGGAAUAUUGGCAUACGGUGGAUAUUGGAGAUCAAGUAUUUUAUGCUACCUAAGGUUAUUGAACUUUGUCGAAAUGGAAAAUAAUAUUCAAAAAUUUCAGAUCAAUUCGGAAUCAUCACAAUGUGACAAUAAAGGAAAUAAGCUUGAACACAAGAAUUCAUCCAGUUGAUAUUGUUAAUCAACUUUUGAAAGAUAAAAUGCUACUUUAUAAAAAGAAUGUAUACUUCAUUAAAACAGGAGUAAGUUUACUAUUCUUUCGCAGUUUCUAUUCAAAAAAAUCUUGAUUUUUCUUCUAGAAACGAGCCUUUAAACAUCCACUCUCACAAAUUCGUCGCCGUUAUAUUGAUAUGGCAUCACUUCAUUGGUCUCCAAAACCAGAAGAUCUCAAAGGACUCGAUCCAACUCGACUUAAUUUUUAUGUUUAA